AUGGCUGUAAUUCUUGGACUUGACAUGGCCGAUACGUUGAAUUAUGUCAUCUAUUCCACUGGUUCUGAUCCACAUAUAUCGUCAGUCUCAGUUGGUGAUUUCAAUAAAGAUAACCUAUCCGAUAUUGCUAUUGCCAACACAGCUCAUACUAAUAUAAGUCUUCGAUUAGGAUCAGGACGUGGAACUUUUGAGGGUGAAAUAAUCUAUUCAACAGGCCUCGGUUCUUAUCCUCAAUAUUUAAGUGUCGAUGAUUUUGACAACGGCAAUUUUACCGAUAUUCUGGUUGCCAAUUCAAGAAAUGACAGUAUCAUUUUACUUGUCGAAUAUCGAAAUAGAACUUUUGCAAGACAAGAGACUUAUUUGACGGGAAAUGGUUCUCAUCCGAAUUCGAAUUUUUUCUGGUAA